AUGAGCAGAGGAGCAACCCUGCAGCGGAGGACGACCUACCUGAUCUCCCUGACCCUCGUGAAGCUCGAAUCCGUUCAGCAGCUCCAGCAAGGGGAACAGCAGCAGCAGCAGCAGCCUCAGCAGCAGCAGCAGCCACCGCCAGAAGAUGAGAAGGCAAGGGCUGAUGAUGAUGGGGCUCCUCAGCCGGAGGGCAGAGCAAGCAGCCUCCCCUCCAGCCCUAUGGCUUUUCCAUCAGUUGCCGAAUCCUCCGGGUUAAGGAGCCACAAGGAAGCUGAGGAGGUGGCCAAGAUCAAGAGGCAAGAGCGCACCUUCCACCGGCAGGAUGCGCUCUGGAUCAGCACCAGCAGCGCCAGCACUCCUGACUACCUAUUGCAGUUGUCGCCAGGCUGCCCUGAGACGCCUGGCCCAUCCCCAUCCCCAGAUGGCCCUGGGCGAGCUGGAUCUCUCUGGACCCCACCCAGCAGCAGCAGCAGCAGUCAAGACAGUCCUUGGGAUCCAAAUCUGGGAUUAGCAACAGCUGCCCCCAAGGCCAAAGCCACCAUCAGCUUGGAUGCACCAGCCAUGACGCCGAGGUCUGAGGCGCUGGGAACUUCAGUGGCUCCGGUUGUGCCCCCCAAGCCUGACCCACUGGUGCUGCCGGUUGCACCAGCAGUGCCUCCCAAACCCGAGACGGCGCUGACCUCCAAAUCUCAGCCAGUGGCCCCCUAUGUCGCUCCACCUCUGGCUCCUAAACCUGAGCCGGUGGUGCCCUUCCAGCGUGAGGCAACUAUGCCAUGCAUAGCCCCGGUUCUGCCACCCAAACCUGAGCCAACAAUUCCCUCUAUAGCCCCCAUCAUCCCCCCAAAACCAGAACCACCUGUGGGCAUUAUCUUUUCAUCUGCUCCUCCCAAACCGGUGAUGGUCGGCCCUUCAGUCUCCUCCACUCUCCUUUCUAAGCCUGAAGGCACUUUUAUCCCGUCAGCUCCAGCUGUAGCUCCAAAGCCCAAAGCCGUUUUGGUUCCAGUCAUGCCCAGUGUGCUGCCAAAACCAGAAGUGGCUCUGAUCCCCUCCAAGGCUGGGUUGACGGAAACCUUGGAGGUCCCUGGAGAUGAAUUGCCAAUCCCCGCUCCGACCACUGCCAGUUGCUCCUCCAGUGCUGCUGCCCCUGGACGCCGGAUGUUGGUCAGUCAUGCUAGCUGGGGUGGUUCUGAGCCUGGGACCAUGGAAAUGACCGUGAGCCGUGUAGGUGUUUCUUCCUUCUCUCACUCGGGAGCCUCCUCUCCUCACCCCGCUGCUGGAAAUCGCCGCCUCCGCUUGGCCACAAAUAAGCCUUUCAAAACAGUGACCACCACGGGGGCUAAGGUGGGUACAGAGCCAAAGGCCGGCAAAGGGAGCCACAAAGGGGGUACCCCAAAUCGCCUGUCGUGGCCGGAGAGUGAAGUCAAGGGCCGCAUGAAGGUGGCAGUCAAAGGGAGUGGGGAGACUGUCCCCCGAGGAGGGUCCAGGGCAAAGCUGUCCCCUCACAAAAACAAAAGCAAGACUCUGGACAACAGUGACCUCAACCAUGGCCCAGUCAGCUUAGCCUCCUCUGGUUCUUGCUCCUCAGAAGCCGCCGUAGGGCUGAAGAGAGGCCGGGAGGGUGGAAGGGCCUCCACCCGUGACCGAAAAAUGCUCAAGUUCAUCAGUGGCAUCUUCACCAAGAGUCCAGCUUCCACUCCCACUCACCCUGGGCCCGGCUGGAGUCUAAGCCAUAAAGAGCUGCUUAGUGCUGAGCUGGCCAAGGGAGAAUUACCCAAGGCUGUGGCAAAUAGCCAAGAAUGGACUCUUAGCCGUUCUAUUCCUGAGCUACGCUUGGGUGUUCUUGGUACCAUCAAGAGUGGCAAAUCAGCCCUGGUUCACCGCUACUUGACUGGCUCCUACUUGGGCCUUGAACCUGCAGAAGGGGGCCAGUUCAAGAAAGAGGUGGUGGUGGAUGGGCAGAGCCAUCUGUUGUUGAUUCGAGAGGAAGCUGGGCCACCAGAUGCUAAGUUCGCCAAUUGGGCCGAUGCCGUCAUCUUUGUCUUCAGUCUGGAGAAUGAGGCCAGUUUCCAAGAGCUGACUCAGUUCUACGGGCUUCUCACCAACUACCGUGCCGUUUCCGACAUGGCUCUUGCCCUGGUGGGCACUCAGGACAAAAUCAGUGCCAGCAAUCCACGUGUGAUUGAAGAUUCCCGAGCCCGGGCUCUGUGUACAGAAAUGCGCCGUUGCCUCUACUAUGAGACCUGUGCCACUUACGGGCUGAAUGUUGAUCGGGUCUUCAGUGAAGUUGCCCAGAAGAUUGUGAACAUGAAGAAACAGCAGCAGCUCCUCGCCUCCUGCAAAUCUUUGCCCAGCACACCCAGCCAUUCAGCAGUUUCUACACCGGCAAGUAAUGGGGGCCAUACAAGCGACUACUCUUCAUCCCUUCCUUCCACACCCAAUAUCAGUCACCGGGAGCUGCGCAGUGAGGCUUCAGCUAUAAUUGGCACACCCAGCUCCCUGCAGCGAGGGACCAAACGCCGGACCAGCCUGUUCACCAAUCGCAGAGGGAGUGACACAGAGAAGCGGAGCCUGGAUAGCCGAGGUGACAACACAGGCAGUGGGAGAGCUAUACCCAUCAAACAGAGCUUCUUGCUGAAACGAAGUGGCAAUUCUCUGAACAAGGAGUGGAAGAAAAAGUAUGUCACUCUGUCCAGUAACGGUCUUCUCUUCUACCAUCCCAGCAUUAAUGAUUAUAUCCAUGGAACCCACGGGAAAGAAAUGGAUCUCCUUCGUACCACCGUAAAAGUCCCUGGCAAACGCCCACCCAGAGCCAUCUCUGCCUGUGGUGCCUCCUCAAGUAUCAAUGGCCUGGUGAAAGACAUGAGCAGCGUUGGAGUUGGGGACAGCAGUACUAGCCCUAGUCCGGGACUGCUGAAUCCCCCAGUUGACCCAGCAGUCAAGCUCUUAGGCAAACCGGAGCGUUUGCAGCGCUCCGUAUCUUCUUCCAAAGCUGAAGUAUCCAUGGCUGCAGAAGGACUCUCCAGUCCUGGCAGCAGUGGCAAAGAUCCGCCUCCAUCUCCUAUGAUUGACAGGAAGAAACACAGGCGGAAGAAGCUCAGCACACCGUCCAAGACUGAGGGAUCAGCAGGGCAGGCGGAGGCCAAGCGUAAAAUGUGGAAAUUAAAAACCUUUGGUAGUUUAAGAAAUAUUUAUAAAACAGAGGAAGAGAAUUUUGAGUUCAUCAUCGUCUCCAGCACAGGACAGACCUGGCACUUUGAGGCCAACAGCUUCGAGGAGAGAGAUUCCUGGGUCCAAGCCAUCGAGAGCCAGAUCUUGGCCAGCUUGCAGUGCUGUGAAAGUAGCAAGAACAAGGCCCGGAUGGACAGCCAGAGUGAAGCAGUGGCAAUCCAAGCUAUCCGAAAUGCCAAAGGAAAUUCUUUGUGUGUGGAUUGUGGGGCAUUAAACCCAACCUGGGCCAGUCUGAACUUGGGGGCGCUGAUCUGCAUUGAAUGUUCUGGCAUCCACCGGAAUCUGGGCACCCAUCUGUCUCGUGUGCGCUCUCUUGACCUGGAUGACUGGCCCCUGGAGCUCACCUUGGUGCUCACCUCUAUCGGGAAUGAAACGGCCAACAGCGUCUGGGAGAAAUGCACACAGGGGCGCCGGAAACCCACCUGUGAGUCAUCACGUACGUACGGUGCUGACGUUAAGGCCCACGAUGCUGUGGGGCACACCGCGCUGUUCUACGCUCGCCGAGCAGGAAGCCAAGAAUGCAUUGACAUCUUAAUGCAACAUGGUUGCCCAAACGAAGGCUACAGCAGUAUUGCCACGCCAGGCCUGCGCCGGAAAAGCAGCAGUGCCAGCAUGGGAAGGACCGAGGCCCGAACUGCCCUGGUGUAG